CAAAAAUCGCCUGGUUUUGAUAGCCUCUCAAAGAUGCAGAGCGUAGCCUCACUUCAAUGAGCGUACGUUUCUCGCCUCGACCCUCGAGGCGUAAAAUCGUCGAGGGGUAGCCUAGAACAUUUCAGGCUUUUAACGGGGUAAGUUUGUAAAAAGAUGAAAAAGCAUUCCGAGUGACGAGUGAGAGUGGGAAUCGAACUCUUUUCUUCUUGCUGGUUCGAACCAAGAAGUGAGAAGUGCAAAAGAACAACUCCAGUGCUCUCCUCAACGGCUUAAUCUACAUUGAAACGAGGAUCAAGUUUGGUUUGAAAUUUGAAGUCUGUAACAGACUAACAAUCGACUACCAAGUGAUCAUCGACCAAGAAGAUUACACCUGCUACAUAUCAUCCUACUCAUAAUCAGACUGUUCCACCACCUAAUCAAGGUUCUGGUUAAUCUCACUUGUGUAUACUUAUCAAAUUAUACUUCAAUUUUAACUAAUCACUCAUUUCCUGAUGAAAAUUUUUCACCCAAAGGCAUACCCUUUGGAAGGAAGUUUGCGAACUUUACAGCUCCAAUCAUCAGCCCAUAACUCCAGAGUACAAGCCAAUGCCGGGGCACUCACAAAUUUUGAAGUACUUGACUUUUUACGGUCUAGAGGAGCAUCAACAGAUCCUACCCGUGUAAUUGCCCCUGUAGCUCCAUCUGAGUUCAAGGUCUACGAUUAUUUGGUUCAAAGUGCGGUUUGCAAUCAAACAAGAGAAAGCAUCAAUGAAUUCUUGAAGAGAUGUGAAAAAUAUGACCUUGCAAAUGCUGAAAAGCUCAAUAUUAUCAACAUUAGACCAUCAUCUUUGGUUGAAAUUGACCCGAUUAUAGAGGAAUGCGAGAAACGCAUGAAAAGUGAAGAUGUUGAAGAGUUGGUGGAGAUGGUUGUUCAGGUGUUACCGGAGCAUCCAGCAUCUGUGGGGAUUGAAAGAGGGACAGAUGUAGAUAAAAUAAGUCCAGAUCAAGAGUUAAUGGAGGCGAACUAAGUUUGCUGCGCCAACUUUUCUACGAGAUAUGGUCUGCUUAUAUCUCUGCAACUUGGUUCAAAACCAGCAGUGGUGGUUUCUUCGGCAAGACUAGCAAUGAAGAUCAUGAAAACUCACGAUCUCGAACUCAAAACUAAUGGGGCCGAUGAUCUCUCUCUCUCUCUCUCUCUUUCCUCUUUUUCCUCCUUUCCCUCUUCCUGUUUUUUUCCUCUUCUUCUUCAUCUUUUUCUUUGCUUUCCUCUCUACUUGAACCGGUAAUGAUAGCAAGACCUUUGUCCCUCCCAUUUUCCUUGAUUUCAACCCCCUUGUUUUUCUUUCUCAUUGGGGGCGCACUGAACAUUCCAAAUUUUGGGAAACCACGUCUCACUAUUUCUCGGUCCAUCUCACAAAACAAAUGAAUGAAAAUGAGAAUCUAAGAAGAAUAUUC